CACUGCCCCCUUGCUAUGGCGGAAGUCGGUAGACGUCAGCAUGCUCGGGUUAAAGGAGAAGCUUCUCCGAGUCCCCCAGCACACAGGGAUGAGGGUUUGGGGUUGGCGGCCGAAACGAUGACGGUGCUAAUGAAGCUGCUGGCAGCCGUCUUCUACGGUGUGAGCUCGUUUUUCAUCGUGGUGGUGAACAAGAGCGUGCUGACCAAUCGCAGGUUUCCCUCCUCGCUAUGUGUGGGACUUGGCCAGAUGUUGGCCACAUUGGUGGUAUUAUGGGUGGGAAAGGCGCUGAGGGUUGUUCAUUUCCCUGAUUUUGACAGGCACAUACCUCGAAAGAUUUUUCCUCUACCUCUUCUGUAUUCUGGGAAUCAAAUAACAGGAUUGUUCAGCACAAAGAAGCUCAAUCUUCCAAUGUUCACAGUACUUCGACGGUUCUCUAUCUUGUUUACAAUGAUGGCUGAAGGUUUCUUGCUAAAGAAAACAUUUUCCCACAGCAUUCAGAUGACCGUAUUUGCUAUGAUAAUUGGAGCAUUUAUAGCUGCCAGUGCUGAUCUGGCUUUCGACCUUGAGGGGUACAUAUUUAUCCUGGUGAAUGAUGUUCUAACAGCUGCAAAUGGGGCCUAUGUAAAACAAAAACUCGAUUCAAAGGAACUUGGGAAAUAUGGUCUUCUUUAUUACAAUGCAUUAUUCAUGAUUUUGCCUACACUGGGAAUAGCAUACAUCACUGGAGAUAUUGACAAGGUUGUGGAAUAUGAAGGAUGGGGUGACUUCUUCUUCAUUGUGGAGUUCACUCUAUCGUGUGUCAUGGGGUUUAUUCUAAUGUAUUCCACGGUCCUUUGCACUCAUUAUAAUUCAGCCCUGACAACAACAAUAGUUGGUUGCAUUAAAAACAUUUUCAUAACCUACAUUGGAAUGUUUUUUGGAGGAGACUAUAUUUUUUCCUGGACAAACUUCCUGGGAUUAAAUAUCAGUAUUGCUGGAAGCCUGGUGUAUUCUUAUAUAACCUUUACAGAAGAGAACAUGAACAAGCAGGUGGAAUCUCUAGCCAAACUGGACAUUAAAGGCAAAAGCGCUGUGUGACAAGAGGUCACAGUCGUGUAUUGUACAGUCUCAUCUGGGUACAUGAACCGCAUGUACAACGUCACAAGGCUAUUGCUUAUUUGCACAUCUGAUGGACAGAAAUGAUAAAUGCUUUUUAUAUAUAUAUACAUAUCUAUAUAUUUUAUAUAGAUUUUGAUUUUAGAAAUGCACACUGUAUUUAAAUUCUUGAUCUGCAUCAAAAUAAGUAUUUUUGUAAUCCUUGAUUAACCCAGUUGUUACUGCCAACACAUUUCACUGUGGCUUCACAUUCAAAAGCAUAUAUAUAUAUAUAUAUAUAUAUUUGCUCUUGCGUUAUAUACGUUAUAUAUGCUAUGAGAAAUGGCAUAUCUUUCUAUGUUCCUGCAGUAUAGGGCUGUCUAACCUAUUGGGAGCCAUAGUUAAUAACGGUAUGAAUACUGUUUGGACAUCUCUGCCCUGGCAAAGUGUUUUUUAUUUUUAAACUGCUUUUUUUAUUGUUUUUUUAAAGACAUCUUGACAAUUUCUGUUUUUGUACACGGAUUUAAAGUUACAUAUUUUCUUAUUAUAUGAUUUCCUAUAGAUGAUGAGCCAAAUAUGACGCAGCCUAUUCACUCGGAGAUAGAGGGGCUGAUGUGUUGUGUCUUUGCAGCAGUUUGGACUGGGAAAUGUGUAUUUUUACAAAGGUUAAAUAUUGAAGUCAACAUGUGACACUGUAGUUGUAUGCCAGCUCCCUAAAUUCCAUGGUGCAAGUCCCAUGGUGUGUUCUUUGGGUUUGCUCUUCAGUGUCGGCUGCAGGCGAAUCAUCCUGAAUUCUGGCAAGAGGCCAUAGUAUCCUUUCUGGUUCUGUUCUAGAGGCACUGUUGUGUAUCUUUUAUAACUGCUUUCCCUGACUGACUGAAAUAUACAGCAGCUAGGGACAAUCUUUAAUUGCACUUGGCAGUCUUGUGGGAAAAAUUAUAUUUUCAACCAGUAACCACCAGGUGUACUGGCAAUGCAAUUGGCAGGCUUUUAGGGGAUUGGCUUCCACAUACUGUGUAGAGAAGCAGGACUCCUCUUUAACUGCUGGGGUUAAACUUGUGUGUGUAUAUACUGUAUAGCACAGUUUUUUUGGUCAUUUCACCAACAGUUAUCUGAAUGGAAUCCGUUAUCUGAAAACCUGUUAUCCAGAAAGUUAUGGAAAGGCCAUCAACCAUCAAUAAUUAAAAUGUUAAACUAUUUAAUUUAUCUCUAAUCAUAAAACCGUACUUGAUCCUAUGAUAUAAUUAAUGCUUAUCGAAGGAAAAACACUCCAAUUGGGUUUAAUUAAUGUUUAAAUAAGUUUUUAGUAAACUUAAUCGAUUUUCUGUUAUUUGGAUCUCCAUAUCUUAUCUGGAAAGCACCAGGUCCUGAGCAAUCUGGAUUACAGAUCCCAUACCUGCAGUAUAUCAAAUCACUGUGUAUAAGGCAUUGAACACUAAGCACAUUUUACCGCCAUAGUUCUGCAUUUACAAGCUGUGUAAACAUGUUUCAUCUUCAUUAGACAUGAGUCAGCUUGUGAAUACAGUAGCUUAAGCAUAGUAGUAUGCCCUGUAUACAGUAUGUUGUUUCCCACACUACUUACAAACAUAUCAGAGUGACUUUUUAUACAGCUCAGAAUCCUGCCUGAUUAUAUCCAAGCAGUGCUCUGAAAUAAUCUCAUCCUCAUGUUGGAGCCAGGCUGCUUUAUGAAUACAGCACCCUUGUGUAGUGGAUUUAGCUAUUGGGUCUAUAUGUCAUUGUCUCCUAGAAGAACCCACAGUAAACUGCCUACAGAGUGGAAUUCAUUACUUGUCUGGGUUGUGCUGCAUUUUUGUACAGACUUUGGGGCAAAUUCACUAAGAUUCGUAGUUGCGCCAGGCGUAACUUCGCUAGGCGUAGUUUCGCCAGUGCUUCGCAAAUUCAUUAAAAUCCGAAGUUGCGCUCAGGGGUAGCGUAUGGUU